AUGAAUGGGGAUUUAAGUCUAUCCCAGUCAUUGGGAGGGCUUCGGAUAGCAAAUCCAGACGAUUCGCCCCUUCAAUCAGAGGACGCGACCGCUGGGUCGAUGAAGUCCAAUCCAGCCGGUCAACCGGACGGUUCGGUAUCAACACAUCCACAAAACACCGCGCCGAAUGAUGAAUCGCCUACAGCUUUCCCUCCUGCACCUCUCGAGGCCCCAUCAUCAUAUACCGACAGCCGUUCAUCUGUUGUCUAUCCCUUUCCCGACCUUCCACCAUCAUCUAGUCAAUACCAACCAUAUUCGGCCAUCUCACACUCAACUCCACCGAACACGAACCGCCCCCUUUCCUCCGUGUACACCAACGGUUCCGCCUCCUCCGUCCUUCCCCGAGAUAAUUCCUAUCGCAUGCGAACCGAUUCCGGCGCAUCAUCAACCUCAACCUCCCAUUCCCGAAAAGACGUCCGCGGCUCUGGCCAAGUAAUGCAAGCGGGUGUGCCCGUGCGAGACAAUUCUCACAGUGAUCGUUCCUACCGAACAGCUCAGAUUCCGACCAAUGGGCCGGCUGUAAUGCGGCAACCGUCCAGAGCACACGCCCGAGGAAGCACGCAACAACAAAUGUCUCGAACUCCCUACGGUAUGGAGAACGGCCCAGCACCCAGCAGUGACGACUGGCAAGAGCGGGGCGCCGCGGUUUCGGUAAGGCAAGAGGUGGACGCCAACGGAAAGACAGUAUCUCGAUUUAUCAAGAAAGGCGUUCGUGAUUUCUCGUUUGGCAGUACUCUAGGAGAAGGAUCAUACAGCACAGUGGUAUUUGCGACAGACCGACAAUCGUUGAAGGAAUUUGCGAUCAAGAUCCUAGACAAGCGCCAUAUAAUCAAGGAAAAGAAGGUCAAAUACGUCAAUAUUGAGAAGGAUACCUUGAACCGCCUAACUGAACACCCGGGUAUUGUGCGGCUCUACUACACUUUUCAAGAUGAGCGCUCAUUAUACUUUGUGUUGGACCUGUGCAAAGGAGGUGAACUUCUCGGUGUUCUCAAGCGGAUGUCUACUUUUGAUGAAGAGUGUACCAAAUUUUAUGGGGCCCAGAUUCUCGACACGAUAGACUAUAUGCACAAGCGUGGUGUGAUUCAUCGAGAUUUGAAACCAGAGAAUGUGUUACUGGACCAUCAGAUGCACGUCAAGAUCACCGAUUUCGGCACAGCAAAGAUCCUCAAAACCACUCGACCCAGCGAGAGCACAAGCUCAAUCCCGAACAUGGAUUCCACAGAACUCCCACAGGAAGAACGAGCUAGCUCUUUUGUUGGCACCGCAGAAUACGUCAGUCCCGAAUUAUUGACAGAUAAGAAUGCUUGUAAGGCAAGCGAUCUGUGGGCAUUCGGCUGUAUCAUUUACCAAUUAUUGGCCGGUCGGCCCCCUUUCAAAGCGGGCAACGAGUACCAAACAUUCCAAAAGAUUGUUGGGCUAGAAUAUGAGUUUCCAAUUGGAUUCCCUCCUGUUGCCCGCGAUCUUGUCGAGCGUCUUCUUGUGCUUGACCCCGCCCGACGACUUCAGAUUGAGCACAUCAAGAAUCACGAGUUCUUUGAUGGCGUUACUUGGGGAACUGAUAUGUGGAAGCAGAAAGCUCCACGUUUGAAGGCUUAUCAGCCACCUCCGCGUGAACCCAUCAAACUUGGUGGUGAUAACAAUGAAAGCUUCCCUCCAACGAUUUCGACAGCUCCUUCCAAUACACCAAAUUCUAGCUCCCGGGCCCUCCCCAGGGUGGUGACGGAGUUACCUCCUCCAAGUCAGCUUGACAUUGAGUGGUCACCAGUGUUGAGCAGAUCGAACGAACGUAUUCUUAAGUUAGGAAAUAUGGUCGUAUUGUCUUCACAUGCAUCACACAGCCCGAAUGGUAACAGUGAAGCUGAGGCCCCCAAGAAGUUCUCGCGUUUCUUCUCGAGCUCAGCGACCAAGAAGCGCCAGCGACUAGUGAUGAUUACAUCGUCUGCGAGAAUCAUUUUAGCCGCAUCUGGCGGUGACGAAAAGAAGGCAAAGCUUGAGAUCUCGCUUCUUGCCCCUGGGACACACUGGAGGAGCACCACUGAUGCCAAGGGACACUCAUCAUGGAUUGUUGAUACGAGAGAUAAGCAUUAUGUCUUUGAGGAUCCCAAACCAUCAUCAAGCAAUAUUGGAACUGCGGCCGUAUCAGCACAAGAAUGGCUGGAUUCACUAGAUCGCGCUCGUGAGAUGGCUUUGAAUCAACAAACCCCCGGGCCUUACUCCGCCGAAGACGCCUUCCGAGACAUCUCGUCUGGAUUCUCCAGUCAUGCCAAUACUCUCGACCGUAGUUCUGAACUUCAGAAUGAAAACAAUGCCAACCCCCCACCUGGACGAAACACAUUGGUGAAACACCAGGCAGAUACCGAAUCAGUUAAGGGGAAGAAGCGGUUUAGCCGACGUCAUUCUAAGAACGGACUCGCUGCUGUUUUCUAA